AUGAUUAAGAAUGAAGGUAAAAAGGAUGAUCAUAAAGCAUUUCGACGCCAAUUGGAAGAUAAACGUCCGGUUGUUGAAAGUAAUUUACUUAGUGGUAGACAAUAUGUUGCAAGUGAACCACCGGUAUCGGAUACGAGUGACACUGAAGCAAUUGAUUCAGAGUCCAGAUAUCCGUCGGCUGAAGAACAAAAUCGUGAAUUGACGAGAAGUAUUCGACGUGAAGUAACAAAAUUAUCAGAACAAUGGAAUAAUUUAAUUGAUAGAUCUGAUCAUUGGAAACAUCGAUUGGAUGAAUAUAUGACGGUGAGUCGAUUAUUACUAACUGUAAUAAAUAUAAAUUACUGUAAAUAAAUUGGUAAGAUAUGUACAAUUAUUUUAAUAUUUUAAAAAUA